UGAUUAGACAAAACCAGGAUGCGUUUGUUGGCAUCGUGGAGAGGCUGAAGACCUUGUGAAACCUCGAAUUGCAUCUCGGGACUAAAUAUCUGAACUAUACUUUCAGGCGAGUUGUCGUUAAAGUUUAGGCUUGUACCGUAAUUCUGCUGGCUAAAGAAAGAUUUGAAUUAUUCUCUUAGGCCUAAGCUUACAGGACACAGGAUAAAGCCAGGAACAGUAAAGACUGGUGCCUGGUGAAUUGAUACCACUGCUACUACGCUAGUCUGUGGAGUAAAAGCUCACAAAAGAGGAACCUUCAUUUAUUUUCGAUCGAUCACUCAGCCAUGACAGACAGUUGGCGUAAUGGAUUGCCGCCCGCUAGAGGGCUCUAUGAUCCAUGGUACGAAAAAGAAGCUUGUGGGGUUGGUUUCAUCGUUAGUAUAGAUGGCGUUCAGUCUCAUCAGCUGAUUCGAGAUGCCGAGACCAUGUUACGAAGAAUGGAACACCGUGGAGCUUGUGCUUGUGACAAUAGCACCGGCGACGGGGCUGGAGUUUUGGCAGCGAUUCCUCAUUCUUUCUAUCGUAAAGUACUCUUAGAAGAACAACAGAUCGAACUGCCACCUCGUGGUCAGUAUGCUACCGGGAUUUUAUUUCUUGAUUCGAGCUCCGUUGAUAAGGUUCAAACAGAAUUCCAAAAGCUGGCUUCCGAAUAUAAUCUUCAGGUCCUUUGUUGGAGGGAUGUUCCAGUGAAUAAUGGGAUUUUAGGAGAGGUGGCGCUGUCUACAGAACCGCUUAUGAAACAAGCCUUUGUGAUUGGACCGGGUCUCAGUGAAGACCGUUUCAAAAGAGAGGUGUUUGUUCUAAGGAAAUCGGCUACACACAGAAUACCAUCACGUGACGUCCGAUUUUACAUUUGCAGCUUGUCCACGGACACCAUAGUGUACAAGGGCCAGCUGACUUCUGGACAGCUAUGGGAAUACUACAAGGACUUACAAGAUCGUAGGUUCAAAACUUACUUGGCUUUAGUUCACUCCAGGUUUUCGACGAAUACUUUUCCAAGCUGGGAAAGAGCACACCCUUUAAGAGGAUCUGGUCUAGGAUUCUUCAUGACAGCUGUAAAUAACGCUGCUAUGACCAUGGUGCCCGAAGCUUGGCAGAAUGACCAACUCAUGUCAGAGGAUAAGAACCAUUUUAUCAAUGGAACGGCACUUCUGACAUUUACUGAUGGACGUUACGUCGGCGCCAUUUUAGACAGAAACGGGCUUCGACCUUCUCGAUAUUAUCAAACCAAGGAUAACAAGAUCAUAAUGGCCAGUGAAGUUGGCGUGUUGGACAUCCCAUUGGACAACAUAAUCCUCAAAGGGCGUUUACGCCCUGGGAGAAUGCUGCUCAUCGAUACACAAGAAAAGUCAUUCAUUCGUGACGAAGAACUCAAGCUGCAAAUUGCCCGACAGCGCCCUCUGGGAGAAUGGCUAAAAGAAAUGUUUACCUUGAAAGAACUGUAUGCAGCUCAUCGGAAAAUCAUCACCGGAAAAAGCAUUGAUUUGUUAAACUCUCCUUCGACUGAAGACGUGACUAACGGAACGACCAAUCAGAGAUGGCUUAGUAUUAUCAAUGAUCGGCGCCUAUCUCUAUUUGGCUACACAAUUGAAACGGUCAAUAUGCUUGUUCUGCCCAUGGUAAAAACCAAGAAAGAGGCUCUUGGUUCGAUGGGAAACGAUGCCCCCCUAGCCUGUUUGUCUUUGUAUCAGCCCCUGAUCUACGACUACUUCAAGCAGCUUUUCGCGCAAGUCACCAACCCCCCUAUCGACCCUUUCAGGGAGAAGAUUGUCAUGUCUUUGGCAUGCCCAGUAGGUCCUGAGGCUAAUAUUCUCGAACCAAGUCCGGAACAAUGUAGGCGUCUGUAUCUGGAGCAACCAAUCCUCUCUCUUAAAGACAUCGAAGUCAUCAAAGAGACAAAAUACAAAGGAUGGAAGACAAAAGUUAUCAACAUUGUGUACCCCGUAUCAGAAGGUGGGGCAGGACUCCUACCGGCGAUCAACCGAAUUUGUUAUGAAGCCUGUUCUGCAGCUCAGGAAGGGUAUACAGUGGUUGUCCUUUCUGACAUGAUGGUUUCAAGGGAUCAUAUUCCAGUCAGUGCCCUGCUGGCAGUUGGAGCUGUACAUCAUUACCUGAUAAACGAACGUCAGAGGAUGAAAGUAGUGUUGGUUCUUGAGACGGGCGAGGCUCGGGAGGUUCAUCACAUGUGUGUGUUGCUGGGAUACGGAGCUGACGCCAUCUGUCCCUACCUUGUGUUUGAGAUUAUGAAGGAGCUUCGCGAAGAGGGACUACUGGACCCUCCUCUCUCUGAUGAUGAGAUAUUCAAUAAUUAUACUGAAGCAAUUGGGAGAGGCAUUUCUAAGGUAAUGGCCAAAAUGGGGAUUUCCACAUUGCAGAGCUACAAGGGGGCCCAGAUAUUCGAAGCUGUUGGUCUAAGUGAAGAAAUCAUCGACAAGUGUUUUAAGAAUACAGCUUCCCGCCUCGGUGGUGUAACUUUUGAAAUGUUGGCUGAAGAAGUUUUAGAAAGGUAUCGGAUAGCAUUUCAUGAGAGAGACUGUGACAACCUGAUUCUUAGAAACCCAGGUUACUACCACUGGCGCAGUGGAGGAGAAAAACACCUGAACAACCCACUUAGCGUUGCCAAUCUCCAGGAUGCUGCUCAAAAUAACAGCCAUGACGCUUAUAAGAAAUUUGUCGAAUCAACCAUGGAAAGUGUGAGAUCCUGCACUCUACGUGGACAGCUGACUUUAGUCUACACUGACCAUCCGAUUGAUAUAUCGGAAGUUGAGGAAGCCAAGGAAAUUGUGAAGAGGUUUGUAACAGGUGCCAUGAGUUUUGGCAGUAUCUCCAUUGAAGCUCACAAAACACUGGCGAAGGCCAUGAACAAAGUAGGUGCAAAGUCCAACACUGGUGAAGGAGGAGAAGGUGCAGACCGAUGGGUGGAUAAUGAUCUUAACAACAACACCCGCUCUGCCAUUAAACAGGUAGCAUCUGGAAGAUUUGGUGUAACCAGCAGCUAUCUAGCUAACGCUGACGAGAUCCAGAUAAAGAUGGCACAAGGAGCUAAGCCUGGUGAAGGUGGAGAGCUUCCAGGAUAUAAGGUGACUAAAGACAUUGCCAAAACAAGACAUUCCAUUGCUGGUGUAGGGCUUAUCAGCCCACCUCCCCAUCAUGAUAUCUACUCUAUUGAAGACUUGGCUGAGCUGAUUUAUGAUUUGAAAUGCUCCAAUCCAAAUGCUAGGAUCUCAGUAAAGCUGGUAUCAGAAGUCGGAGUUGGUGUUGUAGCAUCUGGAGUAGCUAAGGGUAAAGCAGAACACAUCACGAUUUCUGGACAUGAUGGAGGGACUGGUGCUAGUAGCUGGACAGGGAUUAAAGGAGCAGGAGUUCCCUGGGAACUUGGUAUUGCAGAAACGCAUCAGACUCUUGUCCAAAGUGACCUUAGGUCGAGAGUUGUUUUGCAAGUCGACGGACAAAUUCGUACUGGUUUUGAUGUCAUUAUUGGCGCCAUAUUGGGUGCUGAUGAAUUUGGUUUCUCCACGGCACCUCUCAUUGUCCUUGGCUGUACUAUGAUGAGAAAGUGUCACCUCAAUACGUGUCCUGUUGGCAUAGCAACUCAGGAUCCAGAGCUUCGAAAAAAAUUCCAGGGAAAACCAGAACACCUCAUCAACUACCUGUUUCUUUUGGCAGAAGAGGUGCGAGAGCACAUGGCAAGAAUGGGAGUCCGCAGACUACAGGACCUUAUAGGAAGAACUGACCUCUUGACCCGUUACAAUAACACUAAAAAUCCCAAAGCAGCUCUUCUGGAUUUUUCUCCAAUCCUACUAAAUGCUAUGAGUCUUCGUCCUGGAGUUAGCAUAAUUGGUGGAAGUAUAAGACAAGAUUUCGAUCUCGAAAAACGAUUGGAUAAUCUCCUAUUAAGACAGGCUGCCGAGGUGCUAGAGGGAAAGGCAAAGGAUAUCACGAUACACAUGGAUAUCAGUAACGAAGAUAGAGGAUUUGCCACAACUCUAUCAUAUCACGUAGCAAAGAAGUUUGGAAAUGAAGGUCUUCCCCCGGGAAGCAUCAAUGUCAGAUUGCAAGGGUCAGCAGGACAAAGUUUCUGUGCGUUUUUAUCUCGUGGAAUUUCUGUUGAACUUGAAGGAGAUGCUAACGAUUAUGUAGGAAAGGGUUUAUCUGGAGGGGAAAUUAUUGUAUAUCCACCUAAAGGAAUGCCACGCCAUUUCAAGUCUGAAGAAAACAUAUUAGUCGGGAACGUAUGUUUGUAUGGAGCAACUGCAGGGAAAGCGUUCUUCAGGGGAAUUGCUGCAGAACGAUUCUGUGUAAGAAACUCGGGAGCUACUGCUGUAGUUGAAGGUGUAGGAGAUCAUGGCUGUGAAUAUAUGACAGGGGGCAGAGUGGUCAUUCUCGGACCAACGGGACGUAACUUCGCUGCUGGGAUGUCCGGAGGAAUAGCCUACGUGUUAGAUACAGACCAAAAAUUUACGAGCAAGUGUAAUAAAAUGAUGGUUUAUCUUCUUCCGCUGGACGAGCAGAGCGAUAUAGACAUUGUAGAAAGCCUGGUUCGAGAGUUUCAUGAAAAGACUGGCUCAACUGUAGCACAAUCGGUUCUUCAUGGAUGGCCUUCUAAAUCAUGCCAGUUUGUAAAGGUGUUUCCGAAAGAUUAUCGCCGCGUAUUACUUGAAGCAGAACAGGAGGCGAAACAAAAAGAAAAGAGAGAUGGAGAACUUGAGAAACCUCAGAUUUUGGACCUGUCUUUGUGCGUGAAAUCACCAUCUUCACCCGCGAAGCAACUCGUUAGUCCUGGUGUGCGAGACAUUGAAGAUUCGGUGCCCGACUUUGAGAUGAAGGAGAUGCAGUUCCAGAAACUGGAUAAACUAAAUGAGUUAGUUGCUGUCCAGUUCCUUGGGGCUUGUGUGCUGGGUAUCAACUCCCCCCCUGUAACGAUAAAGAAUAUAGAGUGUGCUAUUAUUGACAAUGCUUUUGAACAAGGAUGGAUCACCCCUCGUUUACCAGCCUUUCGUACAGGAAAGAAAAUUGCAAUUAUAGGAAGUGGACCAUCUGGACUCGCAGCUGCUGCUCAACUAAACAAGGCUGGUCACACAGUGACUGUUUAUGAAAGAAAUGAUCGAAUUGGUGGACUCUUACGAUAUGGUAUACCUACCAUGAAGCUAAGCAAAGAGGUGGUUCAACGUAGAGUAGAUUUACUGGCUGAAGAGGGCGUUACGUUUACCACAAAAGUGGAUGUAGGUAAAGACAUCCAAGCAAGCGAUCUCCUCGACAAAAACGAUGCUGUACUUCUCACUGUUGGAGCUACGUGGCCUCGAGACCUUCCAAUUCCAGGACGCCACCUAGAGGGAAUACACUAUGCUAUGAGUUUUCUGGAGAGUUGGCAAAAGAAUCAAUAUGGCAGGGACAUUGAACAAACUGCUCUUUCUGCACUAGGUAAAGAUGUCAUUGUUAUUGGUGGUGGUGACACAGGAGUGGACUGUAUUGGCACUGCACUUCGCCAGGGAGCAAGUAGUGUGGUUACAUUUGAAAUUCUUCCACAACCACCUCCCUCACGAGAUUCCUCCAACCCCUGGCCACAGUGGCCUAAGGUCUUCAGAGUGGACUAUGGUCAUGAAGAAGUGAGACUGAAGUAUGGACAAGAUCCAAGAAACUUCUGUAUACUUAGCAAGGAAUUCCUUGAUGAUGGCCAAGGUCACGUAGCAGGUAUUAGAACUGUAAAUGUGAAAUGGACAAAAGAUGCAACUGGCCGAUGGUCAAUGCAAGAACUACCAAAUUCUAGCAGAGAUUUUAAGGCCAACUUAGUUCUUUUGGCCAUGGGUUUCCUUGGACCUGAAAAACACCUGAUCGAAGAGCUUGCUCUGGUAAAAGAUGUCCGUUCCAACAUUUCCACUGUAUCAAACAAAUAUAACACUUCAGUCCCGAAGGUGUAUGCAGCAGGAGACUGUAGAAGAGGCCAGUCUCUUGUGGUACAUGCUAUCAAUGAAGGACGUCUGGCAGCCAGGCAGAUCGACGAAGAGUUGAUGGGAUCCUCCUCUUUAGCUGGACCUGGUGGUGUCAUUCCGUUCACCACAGAAUUCGGUCUAGUUAGCUAGAUUCUAGAAGCAGCACCAAGCAUGUAGAAUAUUGGUAUAGAUUAGCUGUUGUUUUUCCAGAUUGAAUGUAUGAAGUGUGGCUAGACUACGUCACAGUUCAUUUGCUGCAGAUGAGUUCAAGAGAUGUAAAUCUAGAUGCAUAUCAGCACAGUUAAGAAUAUACACAUCAUCCGUAAUAACAGGAGGUUCAAACAGUAAGGCAUCUUGAGAUUCAAUAAUGAAUGCCGCUUUCGUUUCACGUGAAAGUAUUAUAAAAGUAUUUUAAAUUACUAUAUAACAUACUACAAUCGGUUUUUUUUUCAACUCCUGUCAAAGUC